AUGACAGAGUAUCUUGAUAAAACGAAAAGCAAAGAUUGGACGAUUCUCGGAAUUUUAAAAUUCGCGCGAUCGAAAUCCAGUUUAUCUGUGGCUACAAUCAACGAUUUUAAAGAAGAGUUAUAUGCAAUAUUACAAAGCUAUCAUGACAAAUGCAACAUUCACAUAAACUCUAAAAACAAGGCGACAAAGAUUUUAUCUAAUUUUAACUCGUUAUUCUCCACCGCUGAAGUGAGGCAAUUCAUCAAAGAUCUUGAGUAUCACGAGGAAGCGCGAAUAAACGUGACAUCAACUUACACUGCCACAGUAUUAAGGGAUCAACAAGAAAACCAAAUACUUAUUGAUCAAUUACGAGAAACAUUCAAUUCGGAAAAGGGAAAGGAGCGUGAAAAAAGCAUUAGACCACUUGAUGUAGAAGAUGAUGACCAUUCGUACAAACGUCAAUGUAAAGACGAAGGACUAUCAGAUUUGAUCGAG